AUGUCUGAUAUUAAUAAAAACAUAACAACCGAAGUAAAUCAAUUAAAACGAAAGAUUGAUGAUAUUGAACAAAAAUCGCUUGAAAAAAUGGUCGAAAUAUCCGGAAUACCUACUACCAAUGAUGAAGAUUGUGGUAAGAUUGCUGAGGAAAUUGGCAUCAAACUUAAUGUCAAUAUUCAGGUUGAAAAAGCUGUACGAAUUCCUAAUAAAAAUAAUCAAUUUUCAAAAAUACUUGUUUGGUUAAAUAAUAAAGAUAUGAAGUCUAAUCUCGUUACAAAAUGUAAAAGAAAUCGUACUUUUUAUGCCAAUCAAAUAAAUGUUAAUUGGUCCAGCACUGUGCGAAUUUACAUAAAUGAAUAUAUAACUAAGGUCAGGAGACAUUUAUUAUACAAAACUAAAGAGGCUGCUAGAGAAAAACAAUAUAAAUAUGUUUAG